GACUAGUCCAGUUACCAGUCGGCACCACAACGACGGCCACCGCCUACGGCCUACCGCCACCACCACUACAACUCCACUGUAUCUUUAGUGGCGUGUUUGGAUUAAGCAUUUAAACGCACUAUAGGUGGCUAUAAUAUAUAACCCGUGGCAGCUGAUUGACGGACGUUUUUCCAGUGCGCACACGUUUGAAUGCACCAAACAAAGCUUAACAGACCAAACUUUAUUCCAUUACUUAACUAUUUAUAUAUAUAUAUAUAUAUAUAUAUUAGACUUGUUGUCAUCAAGAUUUCUUAAAAGGAUUGCAAAAAAUGAAAGACAUUGUUCUAUAUUUCUGCCUCUAUCUAUUCCUUGUCUCUUUUCUUAGAGAAUCCAAUGCAGUUUCUCAAGUACAAAACAAUGGCGUAUAUAUUGUUUACAUGGGUGCUGCUGAUGCAUCGAACGCUAAAAAUCAUCAAACAGACCUUAUGAGCUCUUUAAUUAGAAGGAAAAAAGAUGCUAUUGUACACAGCUACAAGAAUGGUUUCUCAGGAUUUGCGGCGCGUUUAUCAGAAGCUGAGGCGAACUCUAUUGCUCAAAAACCUGGAGUCAUCUCAGUAUUCCAUGAUCCAGUGUUGAAACUCCACACAACACGUUCAUGGGAUUUCUUGCAAUAUCAAAAUGAUGUAGAAAUUACUUCUGGUCCAGUCUCUGGUUUUGAUUCAUCACCAAAAGUAGCUGACACCAUAAUCGGAAUCUUGGAUACAGGAAUAUGGCCUGAAUCAGAGAGUUUUAGUGACAAUGAUAUGAGUGCAGUCCCCUCCCGGUGGAGAGGAACUUGCAUGGAAAGUCAUGAUUUCAGCUCUUCCAAAUGUAACAAGAAGCUAGUUGGUGCAAGAUUUUAUGAUGACUCUGGUGAGGACGACAGAAAACUUUCUGGUUCAGUUAGGGACCAAAAUGGACAUGGAACUCAUGUUGCAUCUACAGCAGCCGGGAAUCCAAUUUCAGGAGCAUCUUAUUAUGGCCUAGCGGCUGGGACUGCGAAGGGUGGGUCCCCCGGUUCGAGGAUAGCCAUGUAUCGUGUUUGCACGAGUGAUGGAUGUCGCGGAUCAGCUAUAAUGAAAGCAUUUGAUGAUGCCGUUGCAGAUGGAGUUGAUGUUUUAUCGCUAUCACUUGGUUCAUCAUCUGGACUUGAACCUGAAUUUUCGAAUGAUCCUAUUGCUAUUGGAGCAUUUCAUGCUGUUGAAAAGGGAAUUCUUGUUGUCUGUUCUGCUGGAAAUGAUGGACCUAGCACGAAAAGUGUUGUCAAUGUUGCUCCUUGGAUUCUCACUGUUGCAGCUACUACAAUUGACCGUGACUUCGAAACUGAUAUUGUCUUAGGUGGGAACAAGUUGAUUAAGUUACAGGGAGGGGGCAUAAGUUUUGGUAAUUUGACAAAUUCUGCAGUGUACCCGUUGAUUAGUGGCGAUUUAGCCAAAUCAGAAGAAAAUGAUGUUUCUGAGAAAAAUGCAAGGAGUUGUUUACCGGAUUCUUUAGAUGAAAAGAAAGUCAAGGGGAAAAUUGUUCUUUGUCAUAAUCGCGACGAAGGAUAUUCACCUAGUGAUAAGCUAGAAGAAGUGAAGAGCAAAGGUGGCAUUGGAUUUAUACUAGUAGAUGAUAAUGCAAGAACAGUAGCACCCAAAUUCAAAUCCUUUGCCGCGGCUGUAGUAACUGAAAAAGAUGGCAAUGAGAUCCUCUCCUACAUUAACUCAACAAGGAAUCCAGUUGCAUCAAUUCUACCAACUGUUUCAAAAAACAAGUACAAACCAGCUCCUGUUGUGGCUUACUUCUCAUCAAGGGGUCCUGCAUACAACACUCAUAACCUCCUCAAACCAGAUAUUACAGCACCAGGGGUUGCCAUUCUCGCGGCGUGGCCUGGAAACGACACAAAAGAGGCUGUCUUAGGACAGGAACCACCACUUUUCAACAUACUCUCAGGGACUUCCAUGUCCUGUCCUCAUGUUUCUGGUAUUGCCGCUAUUGUCAAGGCGCAAAAUCCUUCUUGGAGUCCUUCAGCAAUCAAAUCAGCUAUUAUGACCACAGCUAUACAGACUAACAAUUUGAAGGCUCCAAUCACAACAAAUUCUGGAUCCAUUGCAACACCAUACGAUAUUGGAGCCGGAGAAGCAAGCCCUUCCAGGGCAAUUAAUCCUGGAUUGGUCUACGAGACAUAUGCUGCAGACUACUUGCAGUUCCUAUGCUCAAUGGGCUAUGACACAUUAAAGAUAAAACUCAUCUCAAAAACAGUUCCUGAUGAUUUUUCAUGUCCCACCAACUCAAGUUCUGAAUCAAUCUCAAAAAUGAAUUACCCAUCCAUAGCGGUUUCAAAUAUCAAAGAAAAUGAAACCAAGGAAGUAACCAGAAUGGUAACUAAUGUUGCAGAAGAAGAAGCAACAUAUACUGCAAUUAUAAAGGCGCCAACUGGAUUGGAAGUCCAAGUGAUUCCAAAUAAAUUGGUAUUUACAAAUAAUAGCAAGAAGUUGAGCUAUGAAGUGUCUUUUAAAGCUUCAUCUAAACCAAAGGGAGACUUGUUUGGAUCAAUUACAUGGACAAAUGGUAAAUACAAAAUUCAAAGUCCAUUCGUUGUAACCACAUACUUCUAAGGUGUCUGAUAACACUCCAGGCCUGCAGAUCGCCGAUCAAAGUAGUCUAGCAAGUCUGUAUGUACAGUUAUACUCCAUGAAUACAACUAUGUUACUACCA